CGCCGCUUGGGUCUCUUCGCUCCUGUGAGGCGCCGGGCUCGGCCAUGAACCGGUGCGCUGAGGCGGCGGCGGUGGCGGCCUCGGGACCCGGCGCGGGCGUCGGGAACGCGGGGCAGCGGCCGCCCAGAGUGCCCCGCCAGGCGUCCUUCUUCCCGCCGCCCGUGCGCAACCCCUUCGUGCAGCAGACACGGCUGGGCGCGGCGAGGCGCAUCCAGAUUUUCUUUCUUGGAAUUAUCCUGCUUCCAAUUCGUGCCCUGUUGCUUGCAUUAAUUUUAUUACUGGCGUGGCCAUUUGCUGCAAUUUCAACAACAUGCUGUCCUGAAAAGCUGACCCACCCAAUAACUGGUUGGAAGAGGAAAAUUACUCAGCCAGUCUUGAAGUUUCUAGGCCAUGCCAUGUUCUUUUCAAUGGGAUUUAUAGUUACCGUGAAAGGAAAGAUUGCAAGUCCUGUGGAAGCACCAAUUUUUGUUGUUGCCCCUCAUUCAACAUUCUUUGAUGGAAUUGCCUGUGUUGUGGCUGGGUUACCUUCUAUAGUAUCUCGACAUGAGAAUGUGCAGGUGCCUCUGAUUGGCAGAAUAUUGCGGGCUCUGCAACCAGUGUUGGUGUCCCGUGUAGAUCCAGAUUCUCGAAAAAACACAAUAAAUGAAAUAAUAAGGCGGGCCACAUCAGGAGGGGAAUGGCCCCAGAUACUAGUUUUCCCAGAAGGUACUUGUACUAAUCGUUCCUGUUUGAUUACUUUUAAACCAGGGGCCUUCAUUCCAGGAGUUCCAGUGCAGCCAGUUCUCCUCAGAUACCCAAACAAGCUGGAUACUGUGACAUGGACAUGGCAAGGAUAUAAAUUCAUUCAACUUUGUGUGCUCACUUGCUGCCAGCCCUUCACAAAGGUGGAAGUUGAGUGCCGACCUCUGCCAAGUUGUAUGAUAUGCCUUCACAUCCUGACCAAAGGAGCUACAGUAGCUGGUAGAACCCCACAACUUCUUGAAGAAUUUAUGCCUGUUCAGAUACCAAAUGAUGAAGAAAAAAGUGAUCCUGUCCUUUUUGCCAGUACAGUCCGGAAUUUAAUGGCAGAAGCUCUGAGAAUUCCAGUAACAGAUCACACCUAUGAAGACUGCAGAUUGAUGAUUUCAGCAGGACAGCUAACACUGCCUAUGGAAGCUGGGUUGGUGGAAUUUACCAAAAUCAGCCGGAAAUUGAAAUUAGAUUGGGAUGGGAUUUGUAAGCAUUUGGAUGAAUAUGCCGCUAUUGCAAGUUCCUCUAAAGGAGGAAGAAUCGGAAUUGAAGAAUUUGCGGAGUAUUUGAAGCUGCCUGUUUCAGAUGUCUUGAGACAACUUUUUGCGCUCUUUGACAGGAACCAUGAUGGCAGUAUCGACUUCCGAGAGUAUGUAAUUGGCCUGGCUGUCCUGUGCAACCCUGCCAACACAGAGGAGAUCAUCCAGGUGGCAUUUAAGCUCUUUGACGUUGACGAGGAUGGCUUCAUAACAGAGGAAGAGUUCGCCACCAUUCUGCAGGCUUCCCUUGGAGUGCCUGACCUUGAUGUUUCUGGUCUCUUCAAGGAAAUAGCCCAGGGGGAUUCUGUUUCAUAUGAGGAAUUUAAAAGUUUUGCCCUAAAGCAUCCAGAAUAUGCUAAGAUAUUUACAACCUACUUAGACCUCCAGACGUGCCAUGUGUUUUCAUUACCAAAAGAAGUCCAAGCAACUCCCUCAGUCGUAAGUAAUAAAGUCAGCCCUGAAAGUCAUGAAGAGAGUACCUCAGACAAAAAGGACAACUGAAAGCAAACAUUCCUAAUAAGGAAAACGCGGUGGCUUUUACUUGAAAUUUCAAAGGCAUUUACUGAUAGUAUUUUAUUUGUGAUUGAGUAAUGAUGUUUAAAAUAGAAAGCUUUUUUAUAAAAAAAUGAUAGAUUUUCUUAUUGAAAUGCUUCUAUUCACAUGUGUUAUCAAGUAAUAUUCAUUUUCUUUUACAUUAUAUUUUGCUAUACUGAUGGGCUUAUUGGCGAUAAAGAUGUUUUUAUGGAUUUUCCAGGUUAAUUUGCAUAUCCAAAUGAAUGAAAUGGUCUCCCUUAUUUACUGAUGAGCAUUAAUCAACGCUGCAAAAAGUUUUUAAAAGUAUAAAUAAUUUUUCAUUUACUUUCCUCUAAAGAAAUAAGGUUAGCUUUAAUCCCUUCCCAUUCUAGAAAUAAGAAUGAAGAGUCUGAGGAACGUUGCAGAAUUUUAUACCUUUAACUUCACAGAUUCAUUUUUUCCAUUUGCAUUUCAGUUUCUUGGAUCACUAAACAUGGGGGGAUUGGAAGGGAGAGCUCCGCUAAUUAGAUGAGACUUCUUAAAAACUCAUAUUCUCUUGACCAUGCAUCCCUAUUGUAGAUUUCCUUAACCACCUGCUAAGGAGAUCAUAACCUUUUGCAUGAUCUACAGAUUUAGAACUUUGUUUUAAAGACAACAGCUAUGGCCAAAGGCUAUGUGGGAAUUGCCUUAUCGAAGGUAACAUUAAUUGCCUAACGAGAAAAAUUGUUUGCCACAGAGUUUAGUUUAAUUUGAGUUGGGUAGUUUAGAAUGUAGCCCUUGCCCAGUAAAUGAAUCAGAUUUACUUUAUUUAUAUAUUAUUAGAAUUAAUAUAUUUUAUCAUCUAAGUGGGAGUUUUAUUUUAUUGUGUCCUCUCAAAUUUUAGAGCUUGCCUGAAAUAUCUACAGGGAAAAUACGAAAGGUUCCAAAUUAUCACCAAAAGCUAAGGAAUCCAAAAACCUACUUUAUUAAUGCAAGACCACAAUUUAACCCCCAGGCAAGAAUUUAACGGUGAUAUUUUUUUCCUUUAGGUUAAGCAAUAAUUUCCCUCAAGUGCCAUUUUAUUAUAUGUCACGCAUGCUUACUAAAAAGUUUCAUCCUUAAGUAUGAAGGAUGAAACAGUAUGAUUGUUUGCUUUUUACAUAUCUUAAGUUAUUUAGACAGAGCAUUGAAUAAGCUGAAAACAAUUUCUUAAGUAAUUAGGAAAGUACAUCUUUAUAAUAUUGGUUGUCAUAUGCAAUUGAAUGUAUGUUAUUACUCAGGUACCAUGAUUUUUAUCACAGAAAACCCACAUAUUAAUCCCAUUAAUCAUGAAAAGGUAGCAUUUUAAAUCACAAGCUUUCUGUGAGGCUCUUGAAAGUGAUCCCAUUGUUUUCCUGUUUUAAAGUAAUAUUUUAUGUUCUUUAAUUCCACUUCUGCCAAUGUAAUAUUCCUAUUUUAUUAUGUUACUGAACAAACUUGCUACAUAAAAUUCUUGGCAAUUAAAAAUUCUGGUUUUGCCA